AUGUGCACCUCAGGCUCCCUGCCGAUCCACCCUCUUCUGCUCCACUACACUGCUAUUACGAUAGCAUCCAAGCCACACCCACCUCCCCCAAUCACAGGCCACACCCACCUCCCCCAAUCACAGGCCACACCCACCUCCCCCAAUCACAGGCCACACCCACCUCCCCCAAUCACAGGCCACACCCACCUCCAAUCACAGGCCACACCCACCUCCCCCAAUCACAGGCCACACCCACCUCCAAUCACAGGCCACACCCACCCCCAAUCACAGGCCACACCCACCUCCAAUCACAGGCCACACCCACCUCCCCCAAUCACAGGCCACACCCACCUCCCCCAAUCACAGGCCACACCCACCUCCCCCAAUCACAGGCCACACCCACCUCCCCCAAUCACAGGCCACACCCACCUCCCCCAAUCACAGGCCACACCCACCUCCCCCAAUCACAGGCCACACCCACCUCCCCCAAUCACAGGCCACACCCACCUCCCCCAAUCACAGGCCACACCCACCUCCCCCAAUCACAGACCACACCCACCUCCCCCAAUCACAGGCCACACCCACCUCCCCCAAUCACAGACCACACCCACCUCCUCCAAUCACAGGCCACACCCACCUCCCCCAAUCACAGGCCACACCCACCUCCCCCAAUCACAGGCCACACCCACCUCCCCCAAUCACAGGCCACACCCACCUCCCCCAAUCACAGGCCACACCCACCUCCGCCAAUCACAGGCCACACCCACCUCCCCCAAUCACAGGCCACACCCACCUCCCCCAAUCACAGGCCACACCCACCUCCUCCAAUCACAGGCCACACCCACCUCCCCCAAUCACAGGCCACACCCACCUCCCCCAAUCACAGACCACACCCACCUCCUCCAAUCACAGGCCACACCCACCUCCCCCAAUCACAGGCCACACCCACCUCCUCCAAUCACAGGCCACACCCACCUCCCCCAAUCACAGACCACAAACUAG